UGUUGACUGAGGCGAUUAUCGGUUCUCCUCAACACUGUUUUAUUAAACCUCUCCCUCCCACGACGUCAGCUUUUGGGAACUCGGGCAAGGGAAAGUUUAGGGAGAAAAACGUCUGCUGUUGUCUAUGUAUGGAUGAAUACCAAAAGCUUCUCGUAGAGGAGAGAAAACUAGUGCAGUGUAACGUUAGCCCGAGAUGGCGAGUGCGUGGCAUCGGCACUGAAAAGGUUGCAGCAGACGCGUUUAAUGGGCGGUGAACAAACUUUUUGUUUUCAUGGUAUUUUUUUCUGAACGAACGAAGCAACAAGGCGAAACUUGAGUUUACCGGGGACACUUUGCCAAGGAAAGAAAAUCCAUGAAGUUUCAAACGAGAACAUGAUUCAGACGGAAGGAUUUUGAAAGGCUGCGCGCGUGACUGUGAGAUCAAAUCUGGGGGGGGGGGACUAAUCUAAAACGUGUUAUAAGAUCUGAGUGAAACGAACAAUGGCGAAGAAAUACGACUUGCUCUUUAAAUUAUUGCUUAUUGGCGAUAGUGGUGUUGGCAAGACCUGUUUGAUCAUCCGUUUUGCAGAGGACAAUUUUAAUUCAACCUACAUAUCAACCAUCGGUAUUGACUUUAAAGUGAAGACCAUUGAGGUUGAAGGGAAGAAAGUCAAACUUCAAGUCUGGGACACAGCAGGACAGGAGAGAUUUAAGACCAUCACAACUGCAUACUACAGAGGGGCCAUGGGCAUCAUUCUUGUGUAUGACAUCACUGAUGAAAAAUCAUUUGAGAAUAUUCAGAACUGGAUGAAGAGCAUCAAAGAAAAUGCAUCAGCAGGUGUAUGUCGGAUGUUACUGGGCAACAAGUGUGAUAUCGAGUCCAAAAGGAAAGUGUCAAAGGAGAUUGGCGAGAAGCUCGCAAAGGAGCAUGGUAUUCGAUUCUUUGAGACUAGUGCAAAAUCGAGCAUCAACGUUGAGGAGUCUUUUGCUGCUCUUGCACGAGAUAUUUUGCUGAAGUCAAAUAAGAAGCCGGGUCCAUCUGGUCGUGAGAUUAAACUUACCAGCACAGAGAAAAAGUCCUCCAAAUGUCUUCUUCUUUAGAUAUGCUUUUAACCAGAGGGCGGUCUCACUGCACACACACACACACACACACA